AUGUGCGAGUACCUGGCCCAGGCCCCAAAGGACGUCCGGGGCUUUGUUGAUGUCAAAGAUGUCAUCCAGCGCUUCCUCGAAGAAGUGGCAGGCACAGGCAUUCUUGAGUACCCCUCAAUGCUGAAGAAGAUGCGUGCGCUGGAGGACAGAGGAGCAACAUUCUCACGGAAGACCAUAAAAGCGUUGAACCUCACAGGAGGGGAUGGUUGCUUUUUCCACACUGGUCAACAUGAGGUGACCUUGUACGAACUUGCUAUUGACCAUCUCCUCAAGCCGAACACAAAGUAUGAGAGGCACAUGGAAGAGAAUCACUUGCUACAUGUUCGUGCAAUACCUUGA